CAUAUACAUAGAUUUUUCUAGGCUAAGCUUGGACAGAAUUUUAUAAUGGACUCGCGUAUAUUGGGAAAUUUAUUUUUGAUAAAUGUGAUUCCUUCCGAUGAUGCAAGUUACAACUCGAUUCGAUAUUUUCUUCGCUCGCUUCGAUAUUGUGCAUGUUAUAUUAAGUUACUCGUAUUUUAAAUUUAAUUCUAGUACAUGUAAUUCUAAAUUCGUUGUAAAGUGUCCUUUUUUACGUCACGGCGUGCGUCCAUAUCAAAUGCUGCAUAAAUGGUUUUUUACUCUAAUUAUAGUUCUAAAACAUUGCUUACUUAAUUCGAGUUCGCAGACUCUGAGCUUAGUUCCUAGUUUACAAAGUUCCAUUACUAUGCUCAAUGUAUGUCAUACGAGUAGAUGUAUUCGCAAAUGUAUGAGUUUACUGUGGAUUUAUUUCAAUUCUUUCUGUGUUGAACGAUGUAACAAAUCUCUAUUGAAAAUUCACAAUUCCAUGCGUUAUUUUCGAAAUUUUAAAUCGUGAAUUACGUUUCUCUGCGGUAUGUGUUGUUUCGACGAUAAAUUUUGUACGAUAUUGAGUCAGCUUGUUGUUACGGUAUAUCACGUUUGUAAGUAGCUUAACACGUAAUGUAAGAAGAUACACAUAAUAUGUCAGAUUUAUCGCAAAGUAUUGCUGUAAUAUAAGAUAAGAAUUAAAAAGUUGUUGAUUAUUUAUCUAAUAAAAAUUGUUUUAUUGCCAAAGAAUAUCUUGGUAUGCACGAUAUCGUGCAGUGGCUGUGUAAAUAAUAAUUGUCGAGGUGGCGUUUUUAUUGGUCUAUAUAUUUGCGUGCUGAAAAACACCUGUGUGAAUUGGACACAAUUUGAAAAAGUAUUAGACACGUAAUACUUGUAUAAAUUUAAGAAGCUAAAAAAAUAUUUACAUAAAAUAUGUAAAUAUUCAUGAAUACAUAGAACGUAUUCAUGAAUAUUUACAUAAUUUUCUACUUGGCCUUGUCGUUUUACUACUUAUACUGCAUUAUAUACAGGAUACGCUUGAACGAUUUUACGUAGCUAAGAGAAUAAUGUAUUUUUACGAGACAACACCGUGUUAAGAAACGUCAAUUAAUUGAUAUAUCAAAACAAUAUGUUGAUAUAUGAUUAAACAUAUAUAUUUAUAAAAUAAGUGAUAUUACUAUAUGAUAUUACUUCAAUAAUUUGAAACAUCCUGUAUAUAAAUGUACAUACGUGUAUACUUUUUAAUUUGUUAUAUUUUCGUUAAAAUCUCUUAUACGCAAUAAGUCCUCGUUAUUUUUUCACCUUGUGUUGCGCACGAAUUAUUUGUUGUAUUUAAGUGACAUUGUAUGUAACCUCUUAAUGUAAUAAUGUGUUCAUUCUUGUAUCUUAUUAUAUAUUCGUAUAUUUAUAUAUAUAUCUCUCUCUCUUCUUGGCACACAGAAAACACAAGUAUUUUGGUUUGUUAUCUCUUCUAUGGCAACGGAGAUAGGGAGAGCAGAGAGAGAAGUCAUCAAAUCAAAAGGCGCUUAUUGAUGUUUAGUCAGCGGGGAGGAAAGUAGCGUGUAUUCCAUUUAAAAACGUUUCUCGACUCGAAAUUCUCGAUCUAACAAAAUGUUUUUCUGAAACGUGAACACACAGUUUAGAAUUUGAGGAGAAAAUUUUGAUAAACGUAACGAAACGUUAAUCAAUAUCGAAGAUGAUGAAAAAAAAGAAAAAAGCGCGUAAGGAAAAAAAAGUACGAAAAAAGUGUCUCAACGAACACGAAACAGUGUCUUACGAACAACAGCUCUUAGACAACAAUAGACAAUUGUCGCGGCUACGCAGUCGAAAUGAAGAACUCGAGUGCGAGGUGAAGGAUUUGACAAACAAAUUCGAGCAGUUGCGAGAUGAUCAAUCCGACGUUGUGGCGCAUUUGAAACGUGAAUUGGAAAGGAAGAUAGAAGAGGCUCGGGAGUUGGGCGAGCGUUUACAGGCUCUGGAAGAUCUGAGAAAGACGGAACAGGCCGAGUACAAGAAGAAAGAAAGCGCGAUGGAACUCGAAUAUCGCACCAUGGAAAGUAAUUUGAGCGCGGAAGUAAAACUCGCAGCCGGGAAGCUGAACGCGCUGGAAGACUGGAGAUUGGCUCGCUUGGAUCUGAUGCGCAAAUUCGAGGUCCAGGAGGAGCAGAUUGAGAAACAGGAGGAAUUGCACAAAACGCAGCUCUUCGAAACGGAGAGAUCGGUCAUUAUCGCAAAGGCCAAAAUGCAAAAGGAAAUGGAAGAACGAUUGAAGCAGCUUGCGCACGAAUUUAAGGAAGCGACGAACAUUCGCAUAGCGGACGUGAUGCACAACGCGAUCAGAAGAAACGUCGCGCUGAAUCACGAACUGAACACGAUGCUGAAGAUCUGUCAGGAUCUGGAAAUGCGCAGCACCGAGUGCAAGGACAACGAGCGUGUGCUGAGACUGCAGUGUGAAUUGUUCGAGGAGGAGGCCAGACUCGCGCAGAAGGACAUGACGAAGAACAGACACGUGAUGCAUCAGGUCGCGCAGGAUUACGUGAACAUGGUCCUUGAGUACGGGCGUGUGCAACGCGAGAACGUUAAGCUGCAAAAUUACGAGCAACUUGUAAACGAGUACAAGACUAGAUGCGCUACGUCGACGGAGAAGAUAAAGAUUCUCCAGCAACGUUUGGAGGAGACCAGAAAAGCCAAGGAAAACGUUCUGGCGGAAGUGCGGAGUAAAUGCAAACAGUUCAAUAAAUUGAAGAAAGUUUUGAACGAGGCCAAGAAGUGCGUUUUGGAAGUUUUGCAGUUACAAGAGCACGUCUGCACGAGCGACGCCUGUCCCGUGUGCUGUGUCGAGCACAAACAAAAGAUUUUGCACAUGCUCCAAACCAUAUUGGAAAAACGUGAUAUUUCCGACGUACUCAAAGACGAUGACUCGCAGGAGAGCUUGGAUCAUAUAAAAUCGAACGGGUCUCAAGACACGUUACUCGCUGAGGAGGACGUAGAACAAAGCGCUGCAAAUAUUGAGGAAUUAAUGCUUCGUUUGUGAACAAUAUGCAUUUACAAUCGAAUACACGCAACAAAACAUAUUGUUUUAGCACAAUCGCAGUUCGGCUUGCACCAAUACGUAGUCGUGUUUUAACGUGUUAAAAUGAUUACGCAAUAAAACACAGAAGUGCGUAUGCGCAGAGCGAAGAGCGCCUUG